AUGGUCCUGCAAACCCGACCCAAACCCAACUCCAGCUACGCCUCCAACCGACUCACUCGACAAUCCGGCCCCAGCCAAUCCCUCCUCUCCACCUUCCGAAACAGCAACGGCAAAGAUGAGCGUCCGAAACCCCUGAAACCGGAGCCCGCGACGGACGACGAGCCCAUUAGCUCUAGCGAUGAAGACGAUGUCGUGAACGAGGACGAUUCCGAGCCGGAAACCCGCACACGAGUCUCGGGCCCUAGCUUGGAUGAGAAGCUCGCCAAGAGCAGAUCGCAAACAACGCCGCGCGCCCCGCGCCAACAAAGAGGGAGCGAUACAAAGAACAGUACCCCAGCAACGGGCCGCAAACGGACCUCGCGUGAGAUGGUAAACGAUGACGCGGAUGAAGAUAAGGAUGAGGGGUUUUUCGCCUCGUUUCGCGAAUUGGACAAUGGGAAUAAGCGACGCAAGAGUCGCGGGUAUCAGUCGAGGAAGUCGUUGGUGAACUCGUCGCAGUCGCCGGCGGGGAGUGUCAGAACGCCGAAGGCUUCGAAGGAGAGCAAGAGUAUGAGUAAUGGGCCAAAGACGAAGGGCAAGGAGUUCAAGGUUCCCAGGGAUAUUGAGGACGAGGCGCGUGCGUCGAGCCCCAAGCCUGAAUUCAAGCAGCCUCCUCCGAUGCCUGAGCCUAAUGAUAUGAUCUCAAGCUCUUCACAUGCUACUUCGUCUGCUCUGGAUGCGGCGGUCUUUGAUGAUGAUGAUUCCUCGGUCGGCACGCCGCUUAGUACGGCGUCGUCUAGCUUCAUGAAUGAGCUCUCGCAGUAUGGAGAAGCGGCGCUGCUAGAUGAGCCGGCCGUGUGUCCGUGGUGCAAAGCGCCUGUGGACCCGGGGGCGCUGUUGCGAUUCCGCGCGCAACCGAAACAGCGCAUGCGCGAACAGCGACAAUUCUGUGACUCUCAUAAGCAGACUUCUGCGGAGCAGGAGUGGAGGGAGAAGGGAUAUCCGGAAAUCGACUGGGAUACGUUCGAUGAGCGAAUCGCUCAGCAUUUCGCGGACCUGGAGACGGUCAUGGUGCCGGAGAGUACCUCUUUCUACCGGAAUAGUCUGGACACGGCGUUGAAGACCGGACAGGCUAAGAACUUUCGCCUUUCGCUGGACGGAGACGGAUUGGAAAAGAUCUCUUGUGGAUAUUACGGGACUCGAGGGGCAGGGAAAAUGCUACAAGCGAUCACCUCGCGAUACGGGCGGAGGCUCCGUCGGCUAGCGGCCGAUGAUCAGAUUGUGAAGAUGGCUGGGCCCGUCGGAUAUGCGCAGCAGGUGUUGGUGCCAGAGUUGGCGGUGCGACUGGUCAAGGAGGACAUGGGGGUGAAUGAGGAGACGGCACGGCAGAUUCUCCGCGAAACAAUUGAUAUUGGGGAGAAGGUGAACUUUGCCUUGAAUGACAAGGUGCCGGUGCCGGAGGAAUCUGAAGAUGAGGUGCAGUGA